CGGCCGGGGCCGGGCAGGUCGCGGCCUCCCGCAGCGCGGGGGUCGAGCCCGGGCGCCCGGGGAUCCCGCCCCGGCGCGGAUGGAGCGGAGCCUGCGGGGCCAGCCCGGCAGCGCCAGCGGGCCGGGGCUGACCGCUCCCCCGCUUCUCCGGCGCGGCCCCGUCGCCACGGCCGGGGCAGGCCCGCCGCAGUGCCGCCAACGGCCCGGCCCCGCGGGAAGCCUUGGGCCUCGGGCGGGCCAGGCAGCUCUCCCCGGCUGUGGAAGGGUCCCCCUUUACCUCAGUGCCUCAGGCUUCGCCUCAGCAGCAGAGCCCUGGAGCAGCAAAGGCACUGGGGGCACCCCCCACCCGUCCCGCUGGGCCUCUUGGUGCUCCACGGCCUGCGCUUCACUUCUAAGUCAACAAAGGACAGGAGAGACGGGACACUGUGAAACCAGACGUUCAUUUGUGGGGCUCUGUGGCCUGCGCUUCACUUCUAAGUCAACAAAGGACAGGAGAGAUGGGACGCUGUGAAAAUAGAUGUUCAUUUGUGGGGCUCUGCGGCCUGUGCUUCACUUCUAAGUCAACAAAGGACAGGAGAGACGGGACACUGUUGAGUCAGAUGUUCAUGUGCUUCCCAAGUGUGACUGCAGCACAGCUCCCCUGGAAGCUGAGGGGCCAGGAUGUGGCUCUGGCUGCCAGUGCCGGUGUGAUGGCAGGGCCCCUGAGAGACAGUGAGCCAAGGUGCUCCAGCUGAAGGCUGAGGGAUUCAGGAGGAGAGCACAGCAUGGCCAGGACUAGAAGCGAAGGACUAGAAGCAGACAAGGUGCACAGAGCAAGAUCUGCAAUUUAUUGAACAGUACCUGGAAACGGUUUGGCAGCUAGAAUGAACUGCUGUUCAACUUUUGUUGAACUGGAAUCAGAUACAAACCCCAAAACUUCCCCGGAAUUCAUUGUUGACUUAAAUAAUAAUGUGGGAGACAUUAGGGUAAAAUGAGUAGAACAAGAAACACUUUGCACAACACAGGAGUUACCCCCAUGAGGGUGACCCCAUGUUGAUUUCACAAGACUCUGACUCUUCAAAAAUCAGUGGCUUACUGCUUGAGAAGCUCAGAGAAGCAGAAGCAUUGUUCCCAUUUGAGAAAUCCCACAGACAUUUGCCUAACACAGAAGGCAACAUGGAUGUAAAAAAUGUAUUUAAACCCCAGGAAAAUAUAUUCUGCCCAAGGGAUUUCUCAGAGAAUUGUGAUGAGCUCAUUCAUUUGAACGGGGUAGUCAGUGUCACUGCUGGAGGAGCAGAGAAAUGCUGCAGCAGAGAGGUGCAUUCCUGCCCUACAACUGUAAUCCCUUCUCACACAGACAACUGCUGCCUUAGCAUGGGAGACUCUGUAUCGGGUCAGUCUCUGGCAAAUGUCCAGGCAUGUGAAAAGACUGGGCUCGGCACACAUCUAACCUUGUUCAGUGAGCAGGCAGAUACUCCCAUAGUAAAUCACAAUUAUUUUGUAAAAGAUGAUUCUGAAAAUUCUGCCACUAUUCCAGACAUUUACUCAGAGAAAAUUCCAAGUGUAAGUGAUGACUUUUCUGAUGAUGACCUGGAGUAUUUUGAAUGUUCGGAUGUGCUGACAGUGCGUGAAAAUGAAAUCUGGAAAAAGAAGUUACAAUUUUUAUUAGAAAGUGAUGAUGAAGAUGAUUUAAAACUCAGUAAGGAUUGUGAUGGGUGUGCUUACUUCCUCAGUGAAAUGCCUUGUCUGUUCCAAGUGUCAGAUAACACUACGCCUAUGGAUACCACCAUUGGCUUCUGUAGUCAUCACUCAAAAUUUGAAGGAGUAAAUGUAAGGAGAGACCCCUCUAUGUACAGCCAGUCAACUUUGCAGACAGAGAUGACUCUCACUGUUGGACACCACCAAGAUAAAAGUCCCAGUUUGAAAGACAAAGAAAAGUGUAACACGCCUGUUGCAUCUGCAGCCAUUGAAAAUGACCAUCCCAGAACUGAAGAAGACAAUAAUGGAAGCACUCACUCAGCUGCAGGUUUCCCAACUGCCGAAUCAAAGAACAAGGAUAAUAUCCCUUCCAAGGUGGACUCCUCUACGAGUGGCUUAGGUGCUUCUUCCACAAAUCAGGCUCCAGGGACAAUGACAGAAAGCAGUAUGGACAAGGACAUGCUGGAUGAAAGCUCAUUGCUGCUAGAGGAGGGGGAAAGAAAUGUGCCGGAGGAAAAUGCAAAGCAUGCUGUCUGUACCCUGACAGAAAGUCUAAGAAGAAACCUUUUAAGGUUGUUAAAUCCUAAAGAGCUUUGCAGAUACGUGAGUAAUAUAGGACAAUCUUUUCAGACUGCAUCAGAGGUUAGAGAAUCCACUGCUCUGUGUCCCAAUCACGGAGGUGUCAUUUCCACACAAAUCUCCGAGGAGAGAGAAAGCUUACAAGUGCAGGCUGGUUUGUGUCAUGCAGAAGAGGCAGAUAAAGACUGUGAUUGGGAAAGGAAAAGGACUUGGGGCCUCUCUGAGCAACAUCAGGUGCCAAAUGAAGACAUCUCACCCAGGAAUGAAGGAGCUAAUCUUAAAAUCUUUACCCAGAAUUGUGAGAGGCCAUGUAUGCAGCCUGAAAUAAAAAAGGAAGGCAUCUUCAUGACUGGUGAGAGUGCAAGAGCCAUCCAUCCAGCUUCAGAAAUGCUCUGUGCUGAAAAGGCAUUACAAGCAAAAAAUACAAAUUUACAGACCUAUUCUCAGCACCAUGCUCCUUGUGACAAGAGAGAAAGUUGUCACCAACAAGUGUGUGAGCAAGGAAUUACUACUCUUAGUAAUGGCAACCAAUCGAAGGAUGAUGUUUCACCUUUUCCUUUGUGGGAUAUGGGCUCAGUUCCUGAUAAACAAGAAUGUUUAUGUGCUGUUCUCUCAUCUGCAAAGCUCUGUGAUGAACCAUGGGAGGGAGAACAGAGCAACGACACAGAUACUUUCUGCAGUGUACCAUGUGAUGAACCUCUCCUUCAAGCUAAUCCCAAGGCAGUCCUGGAAUCUGGAGAACCUGGGUGCAAAGGAGAUGCUGAUAUAUCUGCAGUGCAUGACAAGCUGUGGAAACUUCUUCAUGAAGAUGACUCCGACUAUCAGAUCCCCUUUGAGAAUUGGAGGAUCUCUAGUUUAGAAAUUAGGUCGACAGAUAUUAAAGUCACAGCACUGAACUUGGUAGAGGAGACCUGUUCUGAUCAUAUUUUGCCAGUGAAUGUGAGAGAAGAGCAGGAACCUUUGACACAGCCUGCUGGUAGACAAAGAGAGAAAGGAGACUGCAAUGUUUCCAAUAUCCUACUUAAAACAGAUGAAGCAUGUAACAGUGCAUCCAUAGGAAACAUUUGUCUUGCACAAGUGGUAGAAGCAGAUGGCGUAUGUCUGGAUUCUAGCACUGGAAAUAAACUGGAAACACCAUCCAUUUGUUUUUCAGCAAACAUCUUAAAUACAGGGGAGUGCUGGGAGCAGAAGCCAAAUCAAACAUUAACUGACAGUAAUGGAUCCAGUCAAAUGACUGCUUCUUGGGGUGGAAAGCUUACCAUUAAUGCUUCCCAAGCAUGUGAUGCAGAUUCUCUUCAAAGAUUAAAAAAUGCACAGAAUGGUAAUUUAGUAUGUGACAAAGAAAACCCAGAUUACAUGUCAGAUAAUUUACAUGGGACAAUUGGGCAAUUACCUCAUACUGAGGACAACAUAUCCUUGAUAAAUGAGUCUGUAACUGCCAACAGGUGUCAUUUUGAAGACUGUUAUCUAGCAAGAAAAGAACUUGCUUGUUUCCCUGAAGAGAAAUACAUUUUCCCCAGUGAAAACACCAGUCAGUUUACAUGUGAAGAACACUCUUCUGUUAACACCAUACAUAAAAGUUAUGAAGAGAAUUUUCAAGAAAAAGGAAAUCACUCAGACUUCAGUGCACAAAACAAGAGUAAUCCUGAUGGUUAUCAUCUUUCAAAAGAUAAUGACUGUCAAGAUUUUCAAGUUGUUUCUGAUACACAGAAAUAUGCUUAUGUAAUGCAAUUGCCUAAUUUAACUGAGAUGCCUGAAACCAUAACACAUAAGAGUCUACCCCUAAAUACAGAUCAACUGGCAGAAAUAGAAGACCAAGAACUGGCAUCCACUCCCUCUUCUGGGGAUCCAUUUUUAAGAGAUUUUUGUGUAGAACUGCCCGGAUAUGAACCAGGUAAAGUAGAAGAAGAACAAAGAGAGAUUUGUGUAGGUGAUGAAACUUCCUGUGACUCAGGAGUUAGUCAUGUUCCAGAGAGUCAGACUGCAGUUUCCCCUCAUAAUACUUCAGAACAAUGUGUACUUUUGGUUGACAGCAGUUUCAAGUCUGAUGAAGAGUUAAAACCAGAUUCUUCACAAACUCACACCUGUGCAUCUGGAAGUCUAAUAUCAGUGAGUACCCCACUGCCCAGAAAGGCUCAACACCAGUACCUCAGCAUAUCAAAUGAGGAUUCUAGAGUUAGCAGUAAUCAGUUAGAUAUCCAGCAGCUGGCUGUAAAAGAAGCAUCACCCUUCUCCACACCUGAGAGCCAGUCAGAGGGCCUUCUGACCAGUCUAUCAGCAGUGGAGUGUCCUGGCACAGGAUGUCAUGUAGAAACCAAAUCCACACAAAAUGCACUCAAAGUAGAUGAAAACUUGAGUAUGCUGGGAGCUUUCUGCAAGGCAUUGAAGGAUAAGUUCCUUAGGGCACCUGAAGAAAACAAGAAGAAAGCAGUCUUGUGGGAAAAUGAAAAAGAGAUUCAAAGGGCUACUGAGUAUAACCCAGGUGAAGCUGAAACAAACUCUCCUUUGCACACUUUAAUUAGCUCCAAGGCUCAGAGACAGUUGAUCAAUAUAAGCACUGAGCGUUUCUGUCCUGACUUGAUCUCUUCCAGCAAGCUAACUGAGGUUGAUAAUUCCAUUAAGACUACUGAGUAUGAUAGAGAAAAAGAAGUCAUGACAUCAGAGAGUGUGGUAAGUGGUUUAGUUAAUUUGUCACCAGUUGAUUCAGGGAACAACCAGUAUUUUCAAGAGCAACCACCCUGCAGCAGAACUCAGCCAUUCUCCCUAGCCUUGACCACGUAUGAUCCAUUCCCAGGCAAUGCAGAAAGGCUAAGAAAUCAAGAAGGGUCAAAAUCCCACCAGACAUCACCAGCUGCUGAUGAGCCUGAGCCUAUCAGAUGUAAACAAGACACAGCAAAGAGUGGGCAUCUAGCAGUUGGAGCAAAGAAGAAAUUACCACCAGCAACACUGUCAAAAAAACCCCGACUGGAGGAGAGAGGAGAUGUCAGCAAGGAUCUUAGCUGUGUUAAAAAGUCUGUGAAGAGUGAGGCAGGGAUGACUCAUAAAGAAGAUAGAAAAGAGCAAAGGAAACUAGUUUUGAAAAAGGAUAGCAAAGCUCCCAAGCUGCUGAAGAAGAUUCAAGCAGAGUUGUUCCCUGACUGCUCUGGAAAUAUUAAGUUAUGCUGUCAGUUUGGUGAAAUUCAUGAUGACUCCACCAUUACAUGGACUAGAGAUUCCAAGUUACUAGCUCAAAUGCAAAGAAGUGCCCAGGAUGACUCUCCUGUCUCUUUGACAAUAACUAAAGCCAGUAACAAAGACCAAGGAAUGUAUUACUGCUGCUUGAAUAAUACAUAUGGAAAGGUGACUGCUGAGUUUAAUCUUACUUCCGAAGUACUGGAACAUCUCUCAAGUUUUCAGAAUUGUGAAGGUAUGGAAGAAAUCGAGUUCAUGCAGCUCAUGUUCAGAGAAGAUUUCAUCAGAGACAGCUAUUUUGGUGGGAACCUGCAUGGAAUCAUAGCCACAGAAGAGCUUCACUUUGGUGAAGGCAUGCACCGGAAAGCCUUCCGAAGCAAAGUGCUGCAGGGGCUGGUGCCAGUGUUCAGUCCUGGCCACCCCUGUGUUCUCAAAGUGCACAAUGCUGUCACAUACAGGACCAAGAGUGAGGAUGACCUAGUCCAAAAGAACUACAAACUAGCACUGGAGGAAUGCUAUGUCCAAAAUACAGCAAGAGAGUAUGCAAAGAUAUAUGCAGCUGAAGCUGAAUCCUUGGAAGGCUUUGGGGAAGUACCAGAGAUCAUUCCUAUUUUUCUUGUUCAUCGCCCUGCUAAUAACAUCCCCUAUGCGACGGUGGAGGAGGAGCUGGUUGGGGACUUUGUGAAAUACUCUGUCAGGGAUGGCAAGGAAGUAAAUUUCCUGAGGAGAGACUCAGAGGCUGGCCAGAAGUGUUGCACCUUCCAACACUGGGUCUAUGAGAAGACCAAUGGAAACUUGCUUGUUACUGACCUGCAAGGUGUAGGAAUGAAGUUAACUGACGUUGGCAUAGCAACUCUGGCCAAGGGAUACAAGGGUUUUAAAGGCAACUGCUCAAUUUCCUUCAUUGAGCAGUUCAGAGCCCUCCACCAGUGCAAUAAGUACUGUGAGAUGCUGGGGCUGAAAUCUCUCCGAACCACUCAUCAAAAGCAGAGGAAGGCAACAUCCAUGAAAAGCAAAAAUCUACCAAACUCAUCGACUAUAAAGAAAACAGUGGCCAAGAAAACAAGAGAAACUAGAGACUUCAUUUCUUCAGAGCACUGAGUUGCACUGCCCCGUCUUGUGAAAACUCCUCUCCAGGAUAUGCAGUAGUGACAGGCACUGAUCACCUGGUGAGGAUAACUUAAGUCCUUUGCCUUUUUACAUGACUUUGAAGUCAUCCUGAUGCUGAUGCCAACAAAGAAAGGAGCUGAUUCUUGGUGCCUGAGACUUCACACCGGGGCAAGGUUUUGAAGACAAACUAAGCCAUCUGCUGGGAUUACCUUACAAAUACCUUCUGCAUAUUGGUAUCUGCACAGUUUGAGUCUUGGACAUUGGGUGCACCACAGGUCACUGGGGAACAUCUUCCCUUCUGUCUGUGCCUGUGGCCUUUGUGGGUUCAGCUGCUACAUGAACACCAAUAUACUUAAGAUAUCACUUAGUAAAAGUUUUGCACAGCAUUGUUGCUCAGGCUACUAUAGAAAAAUUGUUUUCUUUCCCAGAUUUUUGCAUAUUGUAAUCCUAGUAUAAUCCUAUUAUUGUAAUUUUUUUUUUUCUCCCACAUACAUGUCUUUCAAUACAAGACAAAACCAUUCAUCAUCAGACAUACCUGUCUUCUGCUCUCCAAGCCCCCCUCAGCCAGCAUCUGCAAGGUCCUCACCAAGUGAUGUCAUCAGCUUAAAGACAGGCAACUUUUCACUUCAUAGAAUUCCUUGCUUUCUGUGCAAGCUUCCUUGAUUCUGCAGCUACCCAUGGCACAGUACUGCUGUGCUGGCACUGGUCCUGCUGUGGGAUAGAUGGUUGGAGCCUUCAUGUUGCCAACAGCCACUGUCUGAAAUAAACCAUUGCACCCAGGAGCAUUCCAGUACCUUGCAGCAUUUUCAGCUAAAAUAAGUACCAUGACUUUUCUGUGUAGCACAGAGUUGGUUUUGGAGAAACCUGGCAGGUGCACAGGGCCAGCACCUGUCUGCUGAAGAGUCAUGAUUUACCCAAAAUGCCUUGGCAGGGCCAGAACUGAAACAAGGUGCUGUGCUCUGUUAAAGUAUGUGUAGCUUAUGUGGAGAUUAUGAGGGAACUACACAUGCCAGAAGACUGCAGCAAGUUUGCUGGAGGUGGCAGCUGAAAACCCAGACUGCAGUGCCUUAUACAGGGUACAAAUACUGAACAUUGCCAGACUUCAUCUCCCUCUGUGAUAAUAACAGGUAGUGCCAGAAACUCACACCCAUGUGUCCCGUCGGUGCUGAGGAAGAUAAAAGUGAUUUCAGACUAGGGUCUGCUUUGCACUGAUAAGCAGUGGAUGCCAAACAAGAGAGAAAGUGUUGGGGACUAGCUGGCUAGGGGCAGAAGCUCAUCAGACUGCAGUGGAGAUGUAGCUGGUAGGCUUGUCAUCCUGGACUCCCUCAUGGUUAAUGGAGGCCUUCCCAAUGGAAAUUAGAGCAGAGUGCAGGUCAUCUGAAAAACAAACAUUUGAAACAGGUUAGAUAAACUGUACCAAAAAAGGGCCUAUGACUCUCCACUGAGGGAAAAGGAAGCAGUAUCAGAGAGACAUGCAUUUUAAAUUCCUGCUGUUACAUGGGAUGUGGUUCUCAGAGUUGUUCUGAAGUAUUUGAGUUUUUAGUAGUUUUCUGCUAACUUAGGUGGAGGAGAUGAACUACAAAAUGGUGUUGUAGAAAUUAGGGUGGUAUUGUAGUCCAUGUAAAAUUAAAUGUAUGAAAGACUUACUUGAAAGAUGAGUUUCUAAAUAGAAAAUGCUAAAGAAAUGUGAAAACUUUGAGUGUGACUGAAAUCUGGGUCAAAUUAAUAUUACCCUUGUCUGGAAAUACAGAGAUCUCGAUCCUCCAAGUGGCUAAACUCAGAUGGAUUCUUGGAGCACCCACGUGUGACCAUAGUUCCAUCCCUGCAGUUGUCUGCAGGACUGAUUAAUAAUUUCCUUCCUUAUUGAUUAGUCAAAAACUUGGAGAAAAUGUUGUUUACACCUGUUGGCCAAAAUAUCCACAGCUCUGAAUGAAAAUGUUGGUGCUUCUCAUGUCUGUGGAGCAUAGCACAAGGAAAGGCUCUGCACUCUGUGUUGCCUUCUAGAGGAAAGAUGCUGAUGUUCUUGUCCCUUGGCUGUGAGCAUGAGUGAGCCUGUAGAAUGUUUUCCUCUCUGAGGAGCUGUCCCCCAAGUCCACUGAUGGAGUGUUAUUAAGAACUCAGGCCAUAUUCUGGUUAUAUUUCUGUUUUGAUGGAUUUGGUAUUUUUCAUUAAUCUUUCAACUAGACUUGACAUCUGUACUCAAAACCUAAUUUCCAUUUUAUUGUUGGUCUUGCAGAGUAAAUGUGUACAUGGAACGUUCUAGAACAACAAGCUAUCAUCUUUGGAUUAAAUAGACAUAGACUCAGCUAAAAUGGAUGCUUUUCCACAGCUCA